UCCAUGUCGCUACCGGGAGAGGCUAGGCUAACCAAACGAUAGCAGAAGGUGAGAUUGUUUUCACAAUUUGCGUGGAAUGAAGGACCCUUUAAUAUUUUGUUGACUGUAUUUUCUCCAUCACCCCGAUUCAGAGGUCCUUGAGUCCAAAAUGACGUACAGGAGAGAAAGAAGUAUACGAGAUGUGUAUGAUGAUCGCUUUAUGGCAGAGAGACCGGGUCCUUACCCACGGGCAGCUGGGGCAGCGGAGAGGAGGGGCCCCUUUGGCAGGCCGGAGGACGAUUAUGGCCGCGGCGGGUACGAAUACGAAGGAGGUCCACGUUUUUUUCCAAAUGGAGGAGGCCCACGAAAUUAUCAUGAAGAUCAGAGGGGCUACCAUGGGGACAACCUUCAUUUCUCUGCUGAACGCAGAGCUGUUCCACCUUCAAGGAGGGAGGACUACCCUUACAGAGGGCCCAGGGAAGACCCACACACAGGACGGCCUUUGGAGUUUGGCGCCCGUGCACCACCUCCUCACGGCGUGCGAAACCAGGGCAUCUACCCAGCGGCCCGGUCACUCCCAGAGAGCGGGGAAGACACACUAGUGCAAGCCAUCCUCAACCUGGACAGAGGGGAGGACAGAGACCACUACAGGAGAAAGGCGGCCCCGUUCCCUCCAAUCAGAGAGCGCUCUCCCGUGCGCCGCGAGGUGGCCCGUUCCCCCCACAGCCGCUCCGGCUCCAGCGUCAGCAGCAGAGGCUACUCGCCAGACAGAGCCAAGAGCCUGCCGUUUCCCUCACAGCAAGGCAAGAAUGUGGACGGUCCAGAGGGGGUUUCUGAGCACCAUUGGGGGGCGCUCUUUCCUCAACAGACUGGACAUGAAACUUUGGACAAAAUUCCUGGCCUGUCACGAGAAGGCUCCCCACACAGCGCAACCUCAAACAAGGAGGAGAACCAUCCUCCAGAAGGAGAAAAAGAGGAGCCUCUGGUGGCUCCAGUCGUGGAGGAGAGCCAAAAGUCCACUACAGACAACUUUCAAGAGCGACGAGCCGCGGCCAUCGCGGCCAAAGCCCAGGAGAUAGAGAAGGUGUACCGGCAAGACUGUGAGACAUUUGGCAUGGUGGUAAAGAUGCUGGUGGCUAAAGACCCCAACCUGGAGAAGCAGCUGCAGGUUCCCCUCAGGGAGAACCUCGGGGAGAUCCGCGAACGUUGCCUUGAGGACCUCAAACACUUCAUCAACGAGCUGGACGAGGUGGUCCGGCAGCCAGAACCUUCUGUCUGUGACUCAACCACCCCAUCAACAGCCCUGACGGGUCAUAAACUUUCAAAGACAGUAGCCAAUCACAGCUCGUCUUACUGACACAUUGGCCAUCAGCUCUUCAUGAGACUAAGCGUGGAAGGAUUGACUUCUGAAUAUGAUGGAUAUCGCGAAUACAUUUUUGCUGGACUUGGAAUGGAUUCUACAGAACAGCAAACUGAAGAAAACCUCAAAAUGGAAUUUAUGCAGCGUUGCAUUGUUUGUGGGGAUGAACAGUGUUAGUUUGGGACAGACUGUUCUUUACCUUACUUUUCUCUGUUGAGAUUAUAAAACAUUGUUAAAAGUUGAUUUAAAAUGUCUUACAUCACAUGGAAAUGGUUAAUAUGGGUUUUGUUAUUUAAACGAUUUUGAUGAAAAUAUGUUGUUGAGAAUAGACGUUCAGUCCUGCAGCAUGAACACAUUUUUCUAAAAGAAAAGCCAGAUAAGAUGAUGUUUUGUUUUGUAGUAUUUUCAUUUAUGUACAUUUUGUAGCAGUAAAAUGUAUGACUUGGUGCUGCUAAAUUUACAGUUCUACAUUCUUGUAUAAAUUUGUACUGUCUGGAAAUGCCAGUUUGGUUACUUUUUUAUUGUGUUGACUCAUUUGCUUUUCAAACUUUAAUAUCCUUCCCAGAAAAAAAAAAAUGCACAAGGCUUGAUUAUUUUUGAUGAAGGUUGUAGUAAACAUGGUUUCUGUUAAGUUUAAGGUUGUUUUAUUGUUGUCUAAUAACACAAGUUACAUGCCCAACUGACAUUAUAGACAAUCUGAGACAUUUUAG